CAGGAGUCAGGACCCCUCCCAACUUCCCAAGCCGGCCUCGACUAUUCCAGGGCGCGCAGCUAAAAUUCCCAGCGCCUGCUUCCUGCACAGCUUGCCAACCACAACCACAACCGCAACCACAACCGCACGCACAAGCAACCUUGCCUACCCUGCCGCGAGCUUGUUGCGUGUUGCUUGCCUUCCUCUUCGGUUCUCGUUCUUCGUUGAUAAAUCGGCCUUAUCCUGCAAUUGCAGUGUUGCAUCUAUCCAUUAUUAUUAUCCGUACUUGUGCCUACAAGUACUCGAGUACACCAGCAGCUGCCUUACUCAAGCAAGUCUCAUACAGUACAUCCACCCUCAAUACACGGCCCCCUGCUUUUGCCAGCCAGCCAGCCAGCCUCUGGCCCGUUCCUUCUUCACCCCAGCGCUCCUCCAACACUCCAUGGUCCCCGACUCCCCCGUCCCCUCCCCUCUUUUAAAUUUACGAAUUACUGUACUGCACUACUGGCAACGCUGCACCGCUACUACCUUACUACUGUACUGUACUGGCACAGCAAGUCAAGUCCACCUCACCCACACCCACACCCACACCUGCACCUCUCCUCCUCCAACUGUCCAACAGGCGCGGCCCAGUUUUUCUAGGUCCCUGUUCCCCCGAUCAGAUCUCUUGACUUAGGUUCCAUUGCUUGCUCGUGCGUCCGCGUCCUCGUCCCUCCUGAUGCUGGGUUGACUUCUUCUUGCACUCCCCUACUCCCCUCCCCUUUCCUCCUACUUUCCUGCGUCCGUCUCCGACGCCUUGAUACAUCAAUCCGACUCAGCGCACACUUAACUUACUUGCACCUUGGAUGCUCGGCGCGGCACUGAGGUGAUCUAACACCACCAGGUCAGAUCAAGUCUUGGUUUGGUUGGGCCAGUCACACCAGCCUCUGGCUUUGCGCUCCGUCUGCCAAUACGGGCCUCUACAUGUGACCGGUCACUCGCCGCUGUCGAGUAUCCCGAAUACUUGGCAAACCACGAUCGAAUCUUGGCGAUAAACACCUCACAACAUAUUGACAUGUGCGCAAAUGUCACUCCAACGACGUCGGUGUCGCCUCUACCGUCGAAUGGUCGAUCGUUUUUGUCGCGACUGACCGCGCCGUUGAAGUCCCGGACGAGAAACCUCACUGAAUUCCACAUCCGCCCCGACGAACCUCAUCGAAAGUACUCGCCCGGCGACCUAGUGAGGGGUGCUGUCGUGCUCACUGUUGUCAAACCAAUACGACUUACCCAUCUCACCGUCUGCCUCCAUGGCUUUGUUAGAGUCUUCAAGAGCCCGAAUGGCGCGAACGAUCCAUUGCCGGAUCUUGGGUUGACCGCGUCCAGCAACCCCAGGAAGUCACAAUACUUUGGCAACGGCCAUGCUUCUCUGUUCCAAGAUGAGGUCACUUUAUGUGGAGAGGGACGACUCGAUAUUGGUGUCUAUGAGUUUAAUUUCGAGUUGGAGUUCCCCAGGAAAGGACUGCCUUCUAGUGUUGACUUCGAGAGAGGAACAAUUUCAUACUUAAUCACUGCCACGAUAACAAGACCAACCUCCAUAACCGCAACCUCGAGCUGCGACCAGAAACUUUCCCUAGUUGAGACGGUCGACAUUGGACCUAUGGUGCCCCCUAAACCACAGAAGAUAUCCCUCGAACCCAUAUCGCGGCGCGUUAGGAGGAGGAAAACAAUCAAGAACAAGGAAAACGGGUCACCAGAAACCACAGAAACGGGCACAGGCUCUGGAAGUGAGGCUGCAAGAGCUGUAACAUCGCCUCUUCCUGACGACUCGGCGAGUCAGUGCGGAUCCGUGGACCAUCAAGUUACCAGUCCGAGGAGUCCGGUUCCGAGCGAGAUACAGAGUACGGGCAGUGCAGGUAAUAGUGCAGAGAGUACGGUGAGUAGUAGCACUGGUCUAAGCUUCAGAUUGGGUGCAGUGCCUUCUUCAGCAAAAUCGACAAAGGAUAGCCCAAGGAACAGCAGCAAGGUGUCCCUCUCAGACCAGACAAUCACGGCCACAAUCGAGCUUCUCAAGUCAGGCGUUUUGCCUGGUGAUAAUCUUCCCCUCAAAAUCUCCAUAAAGCAUACCAAGCCGCUCAAAAGUAUGCAUGGAAUCAUUAUUACGUUCUACAGACAGGGCAGGAUCGAUUCUGCACCUCCAUUAUCACUCUUCGCGGAUAUCAAAGGAAAAGACGCCGAGAGACUGAAGCAUGAGGAGUACUAUCCCAAGUCUAAGACUGGACUUGGAGGGCUUUCUCUGUCAUCCGCUGGUUCGAGUAGCAUGUUCAGGAAGGACUUAGCCCAGACCUUUGCUCCAAUUCUAGUCGAUCCCACGAGUCUGACAGCAGUAGUCAAUGUUUCGGUCAGAGUUCCGGAGGACGUAUUCCCCACAAUCUCUGGUGUUCCUGGACAAAUGAUAGCUUUCAGGUAUCACGUGGAGGUAGUCGUUGAUCUAGGAGGAAAGCUUGCUGGCCAGCAGCGCCACGUUCCUCGACUGGGAGCCGUCGCUUUACCAUCGAGUUUCGGAGCUUCUGCUGGUGCCCGCAGCGGAGAAGUUAAUCCUAACAUGCUAGCCGCAUGGGGCGGAAGUAUUGUUGACACAGCGAACAUUCGACGAGAGAAGAGUGUGGUGGAAUGUCGUUUUGAAGUCGUUGUAGGGACAAAAGAUACGGCACGCAAGCGAGCUCGUGGGAACAGUUCUGUGAGGAGACUGAUAAGUGAUUGGUCAGACGAGAUGUCUGUGGUGCCUGCACCAACACAUGAACCUAUCUAUGAGGAGUCAGUAGCCACGAACGAUGAACAAUACAACAAUCAGCAGUAUAGAGAUCCUUAUCCAUACUAUGAUCGACCGCCAGAACAUCCACACCCAGACCAUCAGCAUCCCGAGGACUUUGCGACCGAAGAAUACGAUUAUCAAGAUCAUUAUCAGCCUCCUAACCAUGCUCAAAUACAUGUACCACCACCAGAAAUCCAAGCCGAUGAGGGUCUGAGUGAGAAGGAGAGGCUACGCCGAGCUGAGGAGAGACUGCUUCCCAGUCAGCCACCAGGAGAUGAAAAUGCACCUUCAUCUUCGAGAACAGUCAUUCCUUCAAUUGCCCCUUCCGUGCCGCCAGGCGAACUGGAAGAGGAUCUUUAUGGUCCAGACGAUGCAACUCCUCAGGAAGCACCACGCGCGUUCCUUCCACCUUCCACUAGCACUCCUCUGGACAUUCCUGCUGGUCCAUCAGCCCCAGCUCCGGAAGAUCUGAAUCCAGCAGCAGGGCAGCUACCCACAGAAGAUAAGCAAGAACUCGAGCGUCGACGAUUGAUUGCAGAGGCAAGCGCUCCAUCUGAGUUUCCUGCGGAUGAGGAAGACAAUGCUGGUGAGGGAAGCAGCAGACCCCAGCACGAGCCAUCGGCGCCUCCAAUGUUAGAGGAAGAUGAAUAUGGCCCUCAGUAUGCACAUCACAAUCUACCGGAGUCGUCGACGCAUCGUGAAGCUUUGCCAAAGUAUGAGCGAUGAUCGGACGUGUCGGCAAAGGAUUUUUGGUUGGCAUCUGUACAUAGCAAGAGAAGGAUGUAAUAAUGAAGAUACCCCUUGAUGUUCGCUAAAACUAUCUGAUUUUGAGGCCCGGCAGUGACCUUAUCGGCUGACUAAAACUUUCCAUCAGAGUCACAGUAUCUCGCUUAGCUUACCCCUUUUUGGUCGCUUCGAUGUUGGGCGGAGCCGAGAUAUUCUAUAAUUUACUACCACCUUUGGCUUUCAGUGCCGUCAUCACAAAUUACUAUCCCUCCCACCACCCUUUUCCCCAACUACUCCGUCCUUCUCCCUCUCAAUCCUCGCCCUCGCCUCCUCAUUCGCUCGUUUCCACAUGUCAAUCCUCCUCAAAUGUCCGCUUUCAAAUCCCUCCCUCCACCACCCCUCAAACCUAGUACUCCUCAAAAUCAGGAUACAGCGCCGAGAAAGGUACACCAUCCCCUUUAUACGCGAUGCGAUC